AUGAUCGUAGAGAAAGCGAGAAGAUGCUUAAGGACGCUGUUUUUCCUGGUUGCGAUGUUGGCGUCGCUGCUAGUCUCGUCGUUGCCUGUGCUUGUAGCCAUCGGCGACGUCUUGGUGCCAACGUUUUUGGUGUCCAGCUUUACUUGUUUGACGUGCUACGGUUUCAAAGAGCAUUUGGUUCGAUACAGUUUCAAGAGCUCGCUGACUGAUAUCCCUCUCGUCUCCCUCCUCAGAUCUUUCCUCGUCAUUUGUGUGUAUUCACUAUCCGACGCCUCCGCACUCUCGCACGGUCACUACCUCGGAAGUGUGUCAAUGUGUUCUCUUGUUUCAGUUAUUCUUCUAUCGGUAAAAGCUUGUGUUUUCACCGCAAAUUCUCAACUCAACGAGGAAGCCUCAAGGAAACGAAUCCACUUGAAGAAGUCUUGGGGGAUGCCUGUUCUGUUCCUCUCAUCUGUGGUUUUCGCUCUUGGUCAUAUGGUUGUUGCUUACAGGACAAGUUGCAGAGCAAGGAGGAAACUCUUGUACCACAGAGUCGACCCUGAAGCUGUGCUUUCAUGCAAAAGUGUCUUCUCCAGCUACCAGAAAGUCCCACGCUCUCCCAUUCCUCUGGUGGGAAAGGCCUCCAAGAUUGACGGCGAGGCAAGACGAAAGCUGCUGCCGUCGUCAGCAUCCCACGACGAAGGAGAGGUCCCAGUGAGAUCGCUUGCUGAUCUUGACAGCUUGUUCGUUACAGUCAAAGGGCUCACCGUGCAUUACAAGAUUUGCACACCUGUCUCCUCAGCUGCAUCUCCCGAAGCCAAUUCCAUGCUCAAUAUGCCAGAGGCAAUGGCGGGAAGGUUGAAGCUUGACAGGAAUGUGGUGAGCAUGGUGACGAGAAACAAGCUCAACCAUCACCCCCACCACAAUAGGAGCUAUAGCAGUUUGUUUAACGAUUCUUCUUCUUCCUUGCACGAACCUCUCUUGGAUGGUUCUCCUCUUCUUUUCAAAGAUGCUCAGGAAGAAGAGGAUGACAUGAAUGUGUCCAGUAUUGGUGCCACGGAGCAGCAAGCUGCGGAUGGAAGCGGUCGGUUUGGUGUAGUGCUGGUUCAUGGAUUCGGAGGAGGAGUGUUUGCUUGGAGACAUGUGAUGGCUUCUCUCGCCAAUCAGCUUGGCUGUGUUGUCACUGCAUUUGAUAGGCCUGGUUGGGGAUUAACCGACAGGCCUCAUAAAAAGGAUUUGGAAGAAGGAGACUUGCCAAACCCUUACACUCUGGAAAAUCAGGUAGAUCUGCUUCUUGCUUUUUGCCAAGAAAUGGGAUUUGCUUCAGUAGUCUUGGUUGGGCAUGAUGAUGGAGGUUUGCUUGCUCUCAAGGCUGCACAGAGACUGAAAGCAUCUAAAGAAGAAGCCAUCAAAGUGAAAGGAGUGGUUUUGCUUAAUGUAAGCUUGACGAGGGAAGUAGUUCCAUCUUUUGCAAGAAUACUUCUGCACACGUCACUAGGAAAGAAACACCUUGUUCGCCCGCUCUUACGCACGGAGAUAGCUCAGGUGGUGAACCGUCGAGCUUGGUAUGAUCCUGCCAAGAUGACCACAGAUGUCUUGAGGCUAUACAAGGCACCACUUCAUGUGGAAGGCUGGGACGAGGCACUUCACGAGAUAGGGAGACUCUCAUCCGAAAUGGUGCUUCCAACUCAAAAUGCAUUGUCACUUCUCAAGUCAGUGGAAAACUUGCCAGUGUUAGUCGUUGCCGGAGCAGAUGACGCACUUGUUCCCCUCAAGUCGUCCCAAGUCAUGGCUUCAAAACUCGUAAACUCUAGGCUAGUAGCAAUCUCAGGAUGCGGGCACCUGCCACAUGAAGAGUGUCCCAAGGCGCUUCUUGCAGCCAUGUCCCCGUUCAUAAGCAGACUUGGACUCAGCGAGUGA